AUGGGUACAAGAGUUUCUGCUUCACUUUCUCCUAGACCGGGUACUCCUAGAUCAGAACAUCGUAAAGCUGAAAUUUUAUCAAUCCGUACCAAUGGCUCAGGACAAACAGAAUAUUAUAUACAUUUUAUGGAGUUUAAUAAAAGGUUAGAUGAGUGGAUAAAUAUUGACAGAGUUGACUUUAGUAGAGAAGUUGAAAGACCGACAAAAAAACGAGCAAAAAAUAAUAUUAAAGAUGUUGAUACACCGUCUAGAAUAGGAUCACCUUUGAGAGAAGGAAAUAGAAAUGUUUCAGCUACAAUAGGACAAAAAAGAAAAAUAUCAACUUUAGAAGAAGUUCACACACCGGGCGGCACACCUACACCAUCUACUCCAUUGAUUGAACCUUCUAUGGAUGGGUAUGAAUCAAUGGAUAAUAAUAAUCUUACGCCCAUUAAUGUUAAUUCAUUAAAUCAAGCAUUUUCAAAAGAAAAAGAGAUUGAAAGGCUUCGUUUUUCUGGAUCAAUGACUCAAUCACAUUCAGAAAUUUCUAGAGUGAAAAAUUUGGAGAGAAUCCAUUUCGGGGAAUAUGAUGUUGAGACAUGGUAUUUUUCACCUUAUCCACAAGAGUAUAGUGAGGCAUCGAUAGUCUAUAUUUGCGAAUUUUGUUUAUUCCAUUUUAUAAGUGAACGUCAACUUCGUCGACAUUGUCAGAAAUGCAAUGUAAGACAUCCACCUGGAAAUGAAAUUUACAGACUUGGUGACAUAUCAUUUUUUGAGAUUGAUGGCAAUAAACAAAAGACCUACUGUCGAAAUCUAUGCCUUUUAUCUAAGCUUUUUCUUGAUCAUAAAACCCUCUAUUAUGAUGUGGACCCAUUUCUAUUUUAUAUUAUGUGUCAACAAGAUGAAUAUGGUUUCCACAUGAUUGGUUAUUUUUCAAAAGAGAAGGAGAGUACUGAAGGAUAUAAUCUUGCAUGUAUUCUAACCUUGCCACAACAUCAAAGAAAAGGUUUUGGUAGAUUGUUGAUUGCAUUUUCAUAUGAGCUGUCCAAAAAAGAAGGAAAAUUAGGAUCACCAGAGAAGCCACUUUCUGAUCUUGGGUUAUUGUCUUAUCGAUCUUAUUGGACAGAGGCAAUCGUUGAGGCUUUGCUACAGGCAAAGGAAAAUAAUGAAGAUAUAUCGAUUGAAGAUAUUUCAACAAGAACCAGCAUUGCUGUUACAGAUGUUUUACAAACUUUACAGACUCUUGAUAUAAUCAAGCCUUAUAAAGCUCAAUCAAGUUAUUGCCUUACUGAUGGGUUGAUUACUGCUUAUCGUAAGGCAAAAGAAAAACAUCAUAAUCGAAGGAUUGAGGAAAAUUGCCUUCAAUGGACACCUCCGCACUUUACUACUAAUCAAUUACGAUUUAUUUAA